CGCCAGUGCUCCCAUUUGGGUCCAAAUAUGAGGAGCACAAUCCAGGAGUCUUUCCCUCGUGAAGUCUGCAAGGAAAAGAUUUUUAUUUCAAAAACAGACUUGUAACUAAAAGUAGCCUCCGAUAUUUCAGUCAGCGUCUGAUCAUGAAAAGGUUUAUUAUUGGAAUUGGGGGAGUAACAAAUGGGGGCAAAAGCACGCUGAGCAGAAGUCUUCAGGGAAUUCUCCCCAACAGUUGUAUUAUUUCUCAAGAUUCUUUCUUCAAAGACGACUCUGUGGUCCUAACUGACAGCCGUGGUUUUAAGCAAUAUGACACGCUGGAUGCCCUACAUAUGGACAGGAUGAUGAGUGAAAUCUGUUCUUGGCAACAAGAUCCUCAGGACUUCAUGCUGCCUAAAGCAAAGUGCUUCACAUCAGAAGGGACUAAAGUAUUUUUUCUUAUAGUGGAAGGCUUUCUCAUCUUUAAUUAUGGGCCCUUGAACAUGUUAUUUGACAAGAGAUACUUCUUGCAAAUACCAUAUGAGACAUGUAAGCUGAGGAGAAGCUCAAGGGUAUAUAUGCCCCAAGAUCCCAUUGGUUACUUCGAUGGGCAUGUUUGGCCCAUGUACCUUAAAAACAGAAAAAAAAUGGAGGACAUGGUGCAUGACAUUGUCUCUUCAGAGGAGAUUGGGAGCAUUAUAAAGAAAGAAGGCGAAAUUCUGACCAUGGAGUGUGUGAAGGAGCAUCACAUGGGUUUAGAUCUCGUCGUAAAAUGCCCUCAGAAACACAGUGUGUUAUACUAUGACUUCAAAAGUCAGAAAAUAACUCUUAAUAUGGACUACAAAGAAAGAGUGAACAUCAGCAUUAACAGGCAGAAAAUAACCAUAGUGCUCACUGACCUACAACUGGAAGACUCUGGACUGUACUCAUGCAUAUACACCCGAAUCAUUGAUUAUGACGUCUUGCAAGAAGCUGGAGAUCAGGUUUUUCUGUUUGUGAAUAAGAGCUGUCCUAAGAAAGCUGUCCCUGUCUCUACUGUGAUAGUAGCGAUGGCUUGUGCAGUCCUGCUACUGUAUGCCCUGGCCAUGGUGGUGUGGGUGGGAUGCAAGGUGAAAGCCCUGUCUGUGAGUGGGGGAGAUACUGCAUCCAGGAUUUCUAACCCAGUCUAUGAAGAUAUGACCAGCCGCCGUGUUCAAUGAGUGGACUAAGCUCGUCUUUACUGUAGUUGUUUUGUUUUGGGUUUUUUUGACUAAAGGUUUUUCAUGGAUGAACAUCUAGAAAAAUGCUCAGAACAUCAUGGAACAAUCCCAGAAACAUAUUUAGCAACUUUGGUAAGAAGGAGACUUUUGAGAGUGGUGAAGUGCUUGGCCAAAACUGUUCUCAAAUAGAACAUUAUAGAUUUGACUCUUUCUUCUGUAAACUUUCUCUCUCACUCUCUCUCUCCAAACAAUAUUUUUCUCUACUGCAGUGAUGUCAAAUUCUUAGCUCUAUAGGUUAUGUUUCAGCAGUAAAAAACACCUGUUUAGUGUGAGUCAAAGGGGCUUCCACCAGGCUUUUUCUCUCCAAACUGCUAAAACGUCCUCUGCCAACAUACAAUGCAUUAGGUUAUGAGUGAUGUCCAGAAAUCUGGAUCCUCUGGUGGUCUCUUUUAGUUUUUGUAGAAGUUUUCCGCAGUCAGAAAGUGUGGAAACAAAGCAAGCCACUGUCAAGUAUGACACAAGGUUUUCUGCUUUGGGAGGAAUGACUAUCAGUAAUGAAUGCUAGAAACACCCAUAUAAGUUAACAGCUUGAGGUUCUUAAGUUGAUGAACUGUACAUGUAAGGGUCUCAUUUGUUGUACAAACGUAAUGUUGUAUACAUGCAUACUGCACAAGUGUGGGGUGUCACACAAUAGGAUUGUUGUAUAUAGUUGCAUAUACAACUAUAUAUAGAGAGAGAGAGCGAGAGAGAGAGCGAGCGAGAGAGAGAGCGAGAGAGAGCGAGAGCGAGCGAGAGAGCGAGAGAGAGCAAGAGAGAGAGAGAGAGAGAGAGAGCGAGCUGUAAAUAGUACAUAUAGCUGUGUACUUGAAUACAGUACACUUGAAGUUGGGGAUGUGACUUAAGUUGUUUACACUCAUCCACAACAUAGUUCACCUAGAUGCUGGGUGGUAAAGAAUAUGGAAAUUAAAGUAAAAUAGCUUACUAUUGUAUUUGUUUACCUAUAAAAUGUAUUAAAGGCAUAUUUCACUAUUUCUUUUGUCAUUAAAAAUGUAGCAAUGUAUAUAUGUGUAUUUUUUUCGCUACCACAAACACAUAGUGUUUGAAAACUGACUCAGCUGCCUCACACUGCAUUUCCAGCAGCGUUCAGUUGUUUCUGAAGGUCCCGUUUGCCAUUCUGUGCCUCAGUCAGAUUCCAGCAGAACUUUACCCCAGAGUAACUUUGAUUAGGCUCAACGUUGAACAGGUACAAACAAUAUGUUUAUUAACAACUGUCAUUUUAGGAGAGAAACAUACCCACAUUCAUAUUUUAGUGUUUCAUUGUAUUGCAGUUGUAAUUUAUAAUUCUAUGAAAAUUAUGAAAUGCAAAACAAAUUCUGGGUGUGGUUAUAUUAGAUGUACAGUGAUUGUCACGGUACAGCCCCUCCCCCCUCAGGUCUGUGUCUGUGUGUGUUCGUAUUGCCACGCACUCUUGUGUUGUGCACC